GCCAAACGACCCAAUGGCUGCUCCCAACCCUCCGCGGCAGAGAAAACCCCAACAACCCUCGAAACCCGAAAAGCGCAAAGCUGGCCCCAACGCAAACCCCCAAACCCGCAAACGCGCCAAGACCCAUGAUGCGCGUACUCUGGCCGUACAGAGCUCCGAGGCUGCGCUCUCCAAGACCGGCGAGCUAGACGUAUCCGCCUUCGUGGCGGCGAGGCAAUACGAGAUCCGUGCGCUGGAGGCGGGGAUACGUAGUGCUAAAAAUGCGUUGACAAGUCGCGCUUUUCAAAAAGUGCCGCGGGCUUUAAGGAGGAGGACGGCAAGUCAUAAUGUGAAGAGGGUGCCAAGGAGAUUGAGGGCGAGGGCGAAGAGGGAGAUGAUUGAGGAUAACACGCCCACUGUUACUGCUCGCCGGCGUAAACCCACGGAACAAAUACGGCUUCGUCUUGAGACAGCUCGACGCUUGCAGAAUCUUAAUGCUCGCUCGAAAGCGGAGAGAGCUGCGAAAAAAUCAGGUGCUGAUAAAGCGGUUCCUGUUGUGGGUGAUGCCGAACAUACAUUUGAUAUCGCCCCGCGCGUGCCGAAAAUCAAAAAGAACAAGCUCUCGCAUCCUGAGAAGCCUCUGUCUAAAUAUAAGAAGCGGCAACGGGGAAAAACAUGGUUGCCGACACAUAUGUUUCAUGCUAAACGGGCGCAUAUGACGGAACCAAAGGCUCCGUUUUGGCGAUUCGCUAUUCCGUUGACACCUACGGAGAAAUCCUAUAGGCCUACGCAUCGUGUGAACAGUGCGAGAGGAGCUAUUGCGUGGGAUAUGAGCUAUGUCUCUACUAUCGGACUCGAAGGCAGGGAAGAGGGUAUCGAAGGAUUGCUAAAAGCCAUUGGUGUGGAGGGAGAUGCAGCAUGGGGAAACAAAGGCAAAAAAUGGAGAGCCGGGACUAGAAGCCUAGAGACGUGGGUAUUCGAGAGGGAUGGUGAAAAGCUGCCAAUUGCACCAGUUACACUGAUUUGGUGUGCCCACGAUAAGUUGGAGGACGUUGAACUGGUCGAUGCAGGCAAGCCUGUGCCGGCAAACAAGCUACCCAAGCGGAAAAUGUUCCUUCGAGUACAUCCCUCAGCCUUUCUACAGCUGUGGCAAGAGCUGUUGAAAGUGUCGAAGAUACAAAGGCCACCAGUUUUGCUUGAAGAUCUCCGUUUCGAGAUUGGAAGCAUUGAACUGUCGGGGCCCGGCUCAACCGAAGCUUUACUUGCCGCCCUCACACCUGUUUCGCCGCCGGAAAGCAGCAGCAGGCCUUUAGGCUGCCCCGAAGAAGUUUGGAAGUCCCUUGUCGGCCUAACCAAUCCCGCUUCGCUCCCGCAAAAUGCCCUUUUAGCUUUUAAUACCUCUGACCCACGUCUACGAUAUCCUCCCCGGACGGUCAAGCCCUCUGACUCUGAGGAAAGCCUUGAUCGUCUUUCUGUUCUCCUAUCUUCUUGGCCUCCAGACGCAACCCAGUCAAGACCAGAACUAUUUUCCCGUCCUGCCCGUCUCACAGCUUCGCGGCUUCUUCCCAGCCAAAAAGCCAUUAGCAAAAGGAAGGCACUCGCACCACCUGGCGAAUAUCCAUCACCGAAACCAACAGAUCCGCAGAUCCCAGUCAUUCUUCUUACAUCUCGCCCGGGUGGUCCAUCGAGAACAUCGAAUUAUCAAGGCCGUUGGACGCUCUUGGUCCCUUGGAAAUGUGUGAAGCCAAUAUGGUAUUCUAUCAUGUACUAUCCACUCUCUUCUGGUGGUAAUCCCAGGUUUGGCGGUGUCCAUGAACAGCAACAGCUUGCGUUUGAAUCUGGAGAGAGCUGGUUCCCGGGUGACUUUCCAGGAACACAGGCUGGGUGGGCGUGGGAGAUCCGGCAGAGGAACCUGCAGAAAGACCUAUGGGAGCGCAAGCCAAAGGGUAAACGAGUGGAGUUUGACAGUAUUGACCUUGGGAACGGUAGACGCGGCGAAAUUGGUCGUGGCUGGGCCUGCGAUUGGGAGAUACUUGUUGGAAAGGGGACAGAUGGAGAAAGUAAAGCUGCAGGCUCAAAAAACAAUAUCGAAAAAGCGGAGAUGAGCGAAAGCUCUAAGAGCCAGAGCACGGUUGCUCCGGAGAAGAUCAACUCCACUUCAAAGGAUCCCGAAGUUCCUCCUCUCGGAAUCCAUCACCUUACGCCCUCGGCUGCAUCUUCUAUCCUUCUGGAAAAGGCCAAGUCUGACCGUCUUCCAUUAUCUUCGCAAUCUCUCUUAGCAAAACCGGCCCUCGCAACUGUCAGGCUUAGCUUGGUCAACCGCGGGACUCCUGCCCCUCGUGCACGGAUCUAUCGUCUUCCGACAACCGACCCUGUACUUCGAAACCAAUGGCUUUCGCUCCUGAACAACGCAUCGCCUUCAGGAAAUGUGGGCAAAAAGACUCGCAAAAAAGGGCAGUCUCGAGGCCAAAAAGAGCAGAAUACUAAACCAGACGCAUGUAGUGAGAAUUCCAACAGCACGGUUGCUAUUCCGACCGGAGUGUUUUCAGACUCAGUUGAGACAUCCCGCCACCCCCCACCUCCGGAUGAACGGGACUUGAUUGGUUUUGUGACAACUGGGAACUACAACCUGAGUGCUGGUAGGGGAACAGGCAUUGGUGUGAUACUUGCAAACAAGAUAGAGCCUUAUACACCACCGUCUCUGUCGUCUUCGUCGGGACUGGAAGGUAAUCCGUGCACAAGCCCGCCUACUACGCUGAACAUUGCAAAGGAAAAGCUAGCACGAACGUGUAUUGUGAGAGCAGCUGGUGAGAGUGUCGGGAGAUUAGGUUGCUGGGAGGUUUAA